AUGCAGAGAAAGCUUUUUCAAAGAAAAUAAUGUUUGCAUAUUUUAAGUUUAACAAAACUAUAAAAAGAUUAGAAUUAAAAUAAACUGUAUUAGUUAAUCAUGCUAUCUUAGAAAUCAUUUUUUUAUAGAUUAGGAGCAUUAUAAUUUAUAAAGUAAAAUUAAUUUUAAAAUAAAAUCUUUAAAAAGAAAUUUAUUAACUCAUUAAAAUAAAUAGCACCAGAUUAAAUAGAAGUAUAUAAACCAAUUUUUAAGAUUAAUCAUAAUGUAAUAAAAAACUCUAAAAAAUACUUAUUAAUUCACUCUUAAGAUAUUAAGGAUAUAUUUUAUGGGUAAAAUAAAUGUAUGUAGAUAAAUAGAUAUGGGUCUAUUUCCUACAUUUUAGAAAUAUCAAAUCUAAAUUGCAUUUAAGAGGAUAUUUCCAUUUUUGUAAUUUCAAAAUAUAACAGCUUGCUUUUAUAUUUAGAUUAUCUUAUUAAUCUUGAUAUAAUAUCUUAAUAAUCAAUUAAAUAUAUUUAUAGCCAUAUAUUUGUCAUAGGAUAAUGCAAAAUAAUUUAUGAUUAAUUUGAAUACAAAUUAGAUUAAAAUAUAUUUUAUUAACUUAAUAUUAACAAAGGAGUAGAUUAAAUUCAAUACUUAUGCGGAAUCGAAUCUAAUAUACUUCUAUUAAAUAAAUAGUUAGCCUUUGAAAUAGAAUAGAGAUUUUUAACAAUCUCUGAACAUGAUAGUUUACCCUUUUAAGUUAAAUAAAAUUUAGCUUUCUUUUCUGGUACAUAUUUUAUUUGCUUCUAUUUAAAAGAUUAAAAUAUUAAAAUAUAUUACGUGAAUAACAAUGACUAAUUUGAUUUUGAUAGUCUAAAAAAUGAUCUUAAAACUAACAGUUAAUUUAAGUAACUACAGAUAGAUUAGAAAGGAAAUGCAUGCAUUGAUACUUACUAAUACAUAUUUGCAAUUGGUAAAGGUGUUAUUGAAUAUGAAUAUUUUGUAAAAGAAAUUUACUUUUAGCAAAAAGAACCUAAUUAAGGACAAUAUGGUUUAAGAAUUAAACAAAAUGAAUAUCCUUUGUAUUUUAAAAGUUAGUACAUAAAGAUGAAAUUUGUAAUUAAAUAACCUAACUCAGUAAAAUAAAGUUAAUUUAUUUGA